UAUAACUCUUUAAUAAAGACGAGCGAAGCAACCAUAGGAUACGAUACGUACCACGACAUGAUGAUGAUAGCUUAUCUCGAGCGGCAGCAGCAGCAGCAGCGACUCGUCCCCGACGGCGAUGUCGAGCUCGACCCCGACCAUUCUAUCCUCCGCGCACUCGAUAGCGAUGCCACCGGAGACGUCGUCGCUGCCGCCGCCGCCAGGGACUUCGGCGGGAUGGUUUUCUUGCAGCCUGCCCGGUUUCUCAGGCCCUCCACUGCCGAUGACGUCGCCGGCGCCGUCGUUCUCGCCUCGCGGUCCUCCCGCCUCACCGUCGCAGCUCGCGGAAACGGUCACUCCGUGUGCGGGCAGGCCAUGGCCGAUGGUGGCAUCGUCCUCGACAUGCGCACCCUCGGCCCGGCCAUGGAGAUCGUCCGGUGCGGAGGCACCGCCGCGGCCGUUGACGUCCCCGCCGGUGCGCUGUGGGCGGAGGUCCUGAGUUGGGCUGUCCGAAACCACGGGAUGGCGCCGGUGUCGUGGACGGACUACCUGGGUCUCACGGUCGGCGGCACUCUGUCCAACGGCGGGAUCAGCGGCCAGGCCUUCCGUCAUGGGCCUCAGGUGGCCAACGUGACGGAGCUAGAGGUGGUAACCGGCGACGGCGAGCGGCUCGUCUGCUCGCCGUCCUCGGCCUCCGACCUCUUCUUUGCUGUCCUGGGCGGGCUCGGCCAGUUUGGCUUCAUCACCCGCGCUCGUAUUCCCCUUGUCCCGGCGCCUAAAAUGGUGAGAUGGAUAAGGGUGGUCUACGGGGCUUUCGACGAGUACGCUCGGGACGCCGAGUGGCUGGUGACUCGGGACGACUCGGCCGCGUUCGACUACGUGGAGGGGUUCGUGUUUCGGAACGACGCCUCGGACCCAGUGAGCGGGUGGAGCUCGGUGCCCAUCCCGCCCGGCUCGGCCUUCGACCCGGCCAGAAUCCCGGCCGACUCGAGCCCCAUUCUUUACUGCCUCGAGCUCGCGCUCCACUACGACCACAUACAGGCCGACAACGUGGACGAGCGGGCGAAGGAGAUGUUGCGGCCGCUGAGGUACCUGAGGGGGCUUGAGUUCGCGGCGGACGUGAGCUACGUGGAGUUUCUGUCGCGAGUCGGACGCGUGGAGGAGGAGGCGCGCGCGAGCGGAACGUGGGCGACGCCACAUCCCUGGCUCAACCUCCUCGUCUCUUCGUCGGACAUCGCUGACUUCGACCGCACCGUCUUCAAGCGCGUUCUCAGCAGGGGCAUCGGCGGGCCCAUGCUCGUGUACCCGCUUCGCCGGAGCAAGUGGGACAAGCGAAUGUCGGUGGCGGUGCCUGACGGCGAGUUGUUCUACCUGGUGGCGCUACUGCGUUUCGUCACGCCGCAGGCGGGGGAGGCGGCGGUGAAGGAGGCGGUGGCACAGAACCAGGAGAUCUUAAGCCACUGUCGGAACAAGGGCUACGACUUCAAGGUGUACAUACCCCACUACGAGAGCGAGGCCGACUGGGCGCGGCACUUCGACGGGGACUGGACCCGGUUCAUCGAGCGCAAGAGGCGGUACGAUCCAAUGGCCAUUCUUUCCCCGGGACAGACCAUCUUCUCCCGGGCCCGACCUCCCGCCGCCGUCGCAGCAUCCGCCUCCUGAAGCAGAGAUGGCCAUCUCGAUCCACGACGCUGACGGAAGUGGCCCGGCGUGCACAGUCAUCAAUGAUGAUGAUCUGAAAAAGAACGUGAUAAAGAAAAGCUAAAAUAAAAGGUCUGGGUCCGGUGAAAGAGAGAGAAAGAAGAGAUGGGUGGUGGUGAAGGUGGUGGUGGUGGUGGUGGUGGUGGUGGGAAAAGUACUAGUGGUGGCCUGUCACAGGGUGAUGUUUUCUUUUUCCCAUCUUUUUCUUCUUACGGCUCUUUAUACAUGGCCGAAGCGCAAGUUCUAUAUCUCUGUAAGCGAUUGGCUCGCCGCGAUCAUGAGAUCGAUCCAUGUGGGCGUGUUCUGACGCCAUGAACUCGUCAACAAUGCAUGCCUUCUUCCAUCACCCUCAAGUGGAGGGACGGGUUCUGGAUGGGCGGAGAUCCUCCAAAUCCAAGUUGCAGACGUCGCACUUGUCCAUUGGCCAACCUCGCUUUCCUUCUCCUAACCUACUUACCUGAUGAUUGAUGUGCCUCGUGGGCACUCACUCACCCAAUCAUCUUCUCCACUGAGAAACACACUGGUGAGCAUGUGUGACCUUUUGCGUCGGAUUAGGUAUGGUCUCUACGCGGUGUAUCAUUGAUCUUU